AUGACCAUGCGCCAAAUUCAAUAUGCUGUUAACGAGAAACGCAGCUAUCCAUACAUCAUCUUUUCCGACGAGGAAUUAAGCGACGAAUUUAAACAUCUUGCUAGCAUCAUGACACCCAAUGCCGACGUUGCCUUUUACGAUAAACUAGGCCCGGAAUUCUACGGGUAUGCCAAUUCAACAGACCGGGAACGAGCGCUGGAAGCCCGGAUACGCAUGAAUGAAACUAUUUUUGGUGACAGCGAAGACUAUCGCUUUUCAUCACGGUUCAUGGCCGGUCUCUUGUUUCGCCACCCUGCAUUAAACGACCUGGAUUACAUAUGGCGCUUUGAAGUCGGCACAGAAUACGUUUGCCCCAUCAGCUUUGAUCCGUUCGACUUUAUGAAGGAUGCAGGCAAAAAGGUGUCAUUUUCGAUUACCUUGUACGAGUACGAAGAAACGAUCCCGUCUUUGUUUGCCAAUGUCAUGAAAUUCGCCGCAGAAAAUCCAGAUAUUGUGCAGUCGACGGAUAAUCCAAAAAGCUUAUGGGAUUUUGUGAUUGAUACGGAUACCCAGGGGUACAACAAAUGCCAUCUUUGGAACAAUUUCCAGAUUGCAGAUAUGCAAUUUUUCCGUGGCGAGCUUUAUCAACGUUAUUUUGAUUUCAUUGACGAGUCUAAUGGCAUCUUUUAUGAACGAUGGGGUGAUCCCGUCAUCCAGACAUUGGGCAUAGUACUUUUCCUGGAGAAAAGCGAUAUCCAAUUCUGGGAGAACAUUGGCUACCGUGUCGCCAAUUACUUUACGCAUUGUCCAUCCAAUAAGGCCAUAUACAAGCAAUGCAGCUGUCGUCCGUCACAAAACUUCGACUAUGAUGGAUACAGCUGUCUCAGACAAUUCCUCAGUAGUGGUAAUGAAGUUUAUAGUAUUACAGCAUAA